AUGCGACCCAGUCUGCUCAAGCGGGCUCGUAGCCAUACGAACCGCCAGGCCAUAAGUGAUUUUAUGCACUCUCGUGGGAAUUCACCCCAUCCCGCAGCCGACACCAUCUCCGGACAUAAAACCAUCGAAGAAGAAACCCUACCCAAGUACAAUGCUGACACUUUCUACCCUGUUCGGUUGGGAGAAACCCUCAACGACCGUUACAAAGUUCUGGUCAAAUUGGGCUUUGGCAUGACAGCAACUGUAUGGUUGGCCAAAGAUCUGAAAGCGGCUGAAAAUUCUGGAAACCGCAAAUAUGUCACCAUCAAGAUCAAUGUCAACACUUUGAGCGAUGACUAUUUGAAAGGCCGUAGGGCCAUCGCCCAAAAGCUUUUUUCUGCAAAUCCUGACCAUGUAGGUUAUACUCACAUCAGGUUUAUGCUUGACACUUUCAAAGUCAAAAGCAAGCACGGUGAACAUCUGUGCAUUGUUUACGAUGUCUUACGAGAACCCAUCGACCUCUGCAUGGAGAAAUUUCCCGGCCGCCGGUUUAGUUGUGAGAAAAUUCGUGUGUUGUUACCCGCUUUACUCACAGGCCUCGACUAUCUGCACUCUGAAGCUGGAGUGGUACAUACCGAUCUCAAAGCGGACAACAUCAUGAUGGGACUUGGCGAUCCAACCAUCCUGGAUCGAUUUGUACAACGCGAGCUCGAACAUCCUGCACCACGCAAAGCCCCGGAUCAUCAUGGGCGCAUCAUUUAUACCUCAUGUAGUGAUUUUGGCGAGGCACCCACCAUGGCGGUUAUUGCUUCUGCCAAGAUCACCGAUAUCGGUCUUGCCGUUUUCGGAGAUGAGAAGAAUUAUAAGCCCAUCCAGUCCAACGCAUUCAUGGCCCCUGAAGUUAUCCUCCAAUGUGGAUGGUCAUAUCCUGCAGAUAUUUGGAAUCUGGCAGUCAUGCUAUGGGAUCUGUUUGAAAACUUUGGUCUGUUUGAUUCCAUCGAUACAAGACCAGGCCACUAUCAACCAGCCAAGCAUCUAGGUUUGAUGAUAGCGCUGAUGGGACCUCCACCAAAGGAAUUUCUCAAGAGAGGAGCAAAAUCCAAUCAGUUUUUCGACUCACAGGGCGAGUUCAAGUACCCAGAUUAUGUUUUGAAGGAUCUCGACUGGGAGGCCUCUGUUUCGCGUCUUCGAGGAGAAGAGAAAGAUUUAUUUAUUGAUUUCGCAAAGAAGAUGAUUACUUGGGUUCCUGAGGAAAGGUGGACGGCGAAGCAAUUACUUGAGCACCCUUUCCUGACCAAGGAGCGCGAUCCCAACUAUUUGACACCCACACCCAGUCUCAGUCGUGCAUCGACAGCCUCCAUGGGUUCAAUAAUACCUUCCCGGACAGCCACGCCCGGCCCGCCACCGACCUCCCACCCAGUCGGUGGAUCCACGCUUACAGUUCCAUCUCAUCCUGGGCCUUCGUCCUCAUCACCAAAGCCUCUCGAAAGAACAUCAUCACGUCCCUCAACCCCUGGACAAGCAGACCUGGAUCUAUCUCGACCACCUUCACGCGCAUCAACCUUCAGUAUGAAUUCUACUAAUUUAACAACCCGACCGAAGCCGAAAGAACGCGCCACGAGUGAUACUACCCACCUGGCUAGUAUUAACGUUGAUAAUAAAUGUUCACAAGAUCUCAUCAACUCGAUUCUGAAUAGACCCAAGCAUCCGAAGGCCAAUGGAAAAGUUCACGAAGAGCCCAUUAUGGAGGAGCCAAGUUGA